AUGAGCGAUGUGAGAAGAGAAAAAGACAUGGAGGCUGCGGGCCAGGAGACGGACAACUAUGUACUUCAUCUUCCUCGGCCGCUCAAUCUCGAGGAGAAGAAGUACCUGUUGGCCGUAGAGAGAGGUGACCUGCCCAAUGUGAAGAGGUUGCUACAACUUGCAAACAAAGGCAAGGGAAAACCGCUGGACGUGAAUUGCGUGGACAGUCUGGGUCGUGGUGCCUUGACAUUGGCGAUAGAAUCGGAGAAUUUGGAAAUGGUCGAGUUGCUGGUCGUGAUGGGAGUUGAGACCAAGGACGCCCUGCUCCACGCCAUUGAUCAAGAAUUUGUGGAGGCGGUCGAGCUGCUGUUGGAGCACGAAGAACUUCUUACUGCGAGUCAAGUGAAUGAACAGAAUUCGGAAAAGGAGAUCAUACACAGCUGGCAGAAGGUAGACGCGGCAUCGGCUAGAUAUCCGAUGGACAUGACACCCUUGAUGCUCGCGGCGCAACGCAACAAUUAUGAGAUUCUGAAGCUUCUGCUCGACAGGGGAGCCACCCUGCCGAUGCCGCACGACGUGAGGUGCGGUUGCGAGGAUUGUCUUCAGGCAGCCACCGGCGAUCCAUUGAGAUUAUCGUCCACCAGGAUCUCCGAGUACAAGGCAUUGGCUAGUCCAAGUUUAAUAGCUUUGAGCUCCACGGAUCCUCUAAUAACGGCUUUCCAGCUGAGCUGGGAGCUCAGGGAGUUGGCAAUAUCAGAACCUGAGAGCAGAGCUGAGUACUUGAAACUGCGACGGCAAGUGGAGAAAUUUGCUGUAGACCUGUUGCAACACGUGCGGACUACCACGGAGUUGGACACUAUUCUAAAUUAUGAUCCUGAGGAGGAAAACGCCGAACUCAGCAAACAGUUAGCUCGAUUAGAACAAGCUAUACAGUACAAGCAGAAGAGAUUCGUGUCACAUUCUCACGUUCAACAACUUCUGGCGGCGAUUUGGUACGAGGGUGUACCAGGAUUUCGAAGGAUGUCGACCAUGCAGAGAGUCGGUAUCCUCGUAAGGACAGCAUUUCUAUUUCCCUUUUUUUGUAUCAUGUACUAUCUGAUGCCCGAAUCGAAGACCGGUCAGCUUAUGCGAAGACCUUUCAUGAAAUUUCUUGUUCACGCGUCGUCCUACUUGUUUUUCUUGUUCGUGCUCAUGCUGGUGUCACAGCGUGCGGAAGUCGAGAUCGUUAGACUCCUGGGCACUCAGGAAAUGAAGAGAAACCUGGAGGCUUAUUUAGCACGGCAAAGAGGCAUGGGCCCUACACCUCUGGAAGGUAUCGUCGUGCUAUACGUCCUUGGAUUCGUGUGGGAAGAAAUAAGAGAGGUGUACGUGGACGGUCUGAGGGGUUACUUGCGGGACAUGUGGAAUUUCAUUGACUUUACGAGAAACAUGCUGUAUCUAGCGACCGGUAUUCUCCGACUAGCGGCUUAUCUUCAGCAACGCUCCGAAAUACGAAUAGAUCCAUCUGCUGCAUUGAUACCAAGAGAGAACUGGGGCGACUUCGAUCCGCAACUGAUCGCAGAAGGUCUCUUCGCAGCCGCAAAUGUCUUCAGCGCUUUGAAGCUUGUCCAUCUCUUCAGUAUCAAUCCGCACUUAGGACCUCUUCAGAUAUCACUGGGCAGAAUGGUGAUCGACAUCGUGAAGUUCUUUUUCAUCUACACCUUGGUAUUAUUUGCCUUCGCUUGCGGCUUGAAUCAGCUACUGUGGUAUUUUGCGGAAUUGGAGAGGCAGAAGUGUUACAGUGGAAUGUCGGAUCCCUCCUGGGAUGCCGGCAGUGACGCCUGCUUAAGAUGGAGAAGAUUCAGCAACCUGUUCGAAUCGUGUCAGAGUCUCUUUUGGGCCAGUUUUGGCAUGGUUGGCAUCGAGACCUUCGAACUUACCGGAAUCAAAUCGUACACUCGAUUCUGGGGUUUGCUAAUGUUCGGAUCGUACUCCGUGAUCAACGUGAUUGUCCUACUAAAUCUGCUGAUUGCUAUGAUGAGUAACAGCUACGCCGUUAUUGAGGAACACUCCGACACCGAGUGGAAAUUCGCGCGAACGAAGCUGUGGAUGAGUUAUUUCGAGGACACCGGCACCCUGCCGCCGCCCUUUAACAUCUUUCCGCCGCCAAAGCUGCUCUUUCGGUUAUGCGGCCUACGGAAAAAGCCUAUCGGUAGGCGUAGCAGCCAACGUCGACGAGCACGUGAACACAAAUAUGGAGCUGUUAUGAGAGCCCUGAUAUGGCGUUACGUUGUGAACGCACAUAGCGAACACGAGAUGGAACCCGUCACCGAAGACGACGUCCACGAACUCAAGUCUGACUUGUCCUCUUGGAGAUGCGAGCUUCUGGACAUCCUGCAUAGGAACGGCAUGGACAUCGGCGACAUUGAUAUGAAAGAAAAAACUAUACUCGGUAAGAAAAUGAAGAUCUGGGAGAGAAGGCUGAUGAAAGACUUCCAAGUAGCGGGUCCCGUGAAUCCAAGUGACACCGAUCUUCAGGAAGAGAUGUCUCUCCAGCAACCUGAGGAUGAGAACAACAUUGAGAGAUGGAAGAGAAUCGCGAGACUAGCCGUCUUGACUUCGGCCGAGCAUCGUUGGAGUCAGGUGGUGAGGAGUGCAGUCAAGAGUUCUCAGAUCGGCAAAAGCAACAGCAGAGCAUCGCUACAGAAUCAACAGAGCCUAAAGAAAGCUAUGGAAGAGGCAAAGCGUUUGACACAGAAGAACCUGCUACCGCCUAUCGUGCCGGUUCAAUUACCGGAGACCACAGCGGCGACGAUACUACAUGUUCUGCACGAUAUCGUCGAGACUGACAACGAUGCUAAAUCUCCAGAGUCUUUUGGCGGUGGAGUUAACACUCAAGUCUCCCAAGUUUUUGAAUCCAUGCUUCAGUCAAAACCUACAUCCUCGGUCAAUUUUGUCGACGAGACUACUAUGAAAGCGCCGUUGUUACCACUUCGUACAUCGCCACCGCGAGUGAUCAAACGAAAAGCACCUGCUCCUAGCAAUCAACCAUCAACCGGGCAAUCAUCAACUUCUCAGCUAUCGACUAUGCUACUUUCGACCACUGCGAGCACUACUUCCGCAAUUGCUGGUUCUACCGCGACUGCUUCUAUAUCUGCGACUACUGCUGCUGGUACAACCACAACUGCCAUUACCACAGUUGCCUCUACUACGGUAGCUUCUAUUACUGCGAAGUCCACUACUGUUUCUAAGUCCACCACUACGAAAGCUGCUUCUGUUACCGUGAAGUCCACGGAAAGUCAAAGCAAAUCUUCUAUUAUUGCGAGCGCGCCUGUAGCCAGCAUCAAAGACGGCAGUAGUUCAGUCAGAUCGCGUCCGAAAGUUUCACUCAGCCCUAAGCUUCCAACUAUUCCGUCGUUGACUGUUACUUCGAGCUCAGAAAGUAAUAAGAACGAUGAUAGCGAGAAGCUCGUCGACAUUACGCCGAGCAGCAAAUUGUCGAGAGCAGGAUGGCUUUAGACAUACAGCUGCGAAUAAACAUUAAGACAUUAACGGAAUCCUGUUGCUAUAGCAAUAAAGUUUAGAAGUUAAGAAAAACAUAUACUACAAUAAAUUUGUUAAUUUAUUAUCGCUAAAGAUAAUUCAAAAGUAAGAUCAAAGAUUGAUCUUUGAUAAUGUCAACUUCAUUGUUUUUAAUGAUUAUUAAUAUUAAAAUUCACGUAUCCACACAGCAUAUAUCAUUCGUAUACUCUAUAUAUUGAUACCGAAUAAAAAAUAUAAAAAUAUGGUUAACACGCACGGAAGCAAAUUCUACUGUUGGAUUAUUGAGUGUCAUAAAUUAAGACACCAGAGACUGCAAAUUUCCCAUUUUUAUAACUUAUUAAGGUGUGGUUCAGUAUAUCCAAGUAGCAAAAUGACGUUAAACGACAUAUUAAUAAUGCUCUAACGUUAAGAAUAUAGCAUUAAUAUAUUUUCAGAUUUUUAUAUAUUUUCAGAUGACAUCCUACUACCUAUAUACGAGGGUGGUCUGAAAAGUUUCCGACCUAACAAAGAUACAAGUCAUUU